AUGCCUCAUGAUCAGACUACCACGGCGAUUCAGGUCCAAGGUCUGGUCGAAGUUGACCAUUCUCUUCAGACGCCACCCAUAAUGUCGGAUCCCCGACCACUCAAGAAAAGAAGGGUAAAAAUCGACGUGGUCGCCAAGAAAAGGGCUCUAGCAUCCACUUCGUCGAACGGACAACCUCUUAAAGAGACAAAGAAGAAGGUUCAAAAGUCUGUCAAGCUCGAACAGAUCCAGGUGACCCAAACAAAGCCUGUUCCUAAAGAGAAACCUGUGACUGUAUCGAAACCUGUGAAUGGAUCAGAUAAAAAACCGAGUCCAACACGACUGACCAUCGUCGCGGGAAGCUACGACAAAAUUCUCUAUGGACUUCAAUUCGACCCAGCGGUCAGAGAAAAAGGCCAAGAGUUGUCAAUGAAACCGAUAUUU